GUUUGACAGCAGGGGCUUGUUUUACAGCACAAAACAACAAGGAUGAAGACUUCAAGCGACGAUGCAGCAGCAGCGAUAAUGGAGGAGAGGUUUAGCUGAAAGCCCCCCGGCUUUAUCCCGACUUCCCCGUGUGCGCUACGAAAUUAAUGCCAGGCAACUUGAAUAUCGACUGAACUGCAGAUGAAUGUCUGUGCCUUAAGUGUCCCUGGAUUUGUUGUUGUUAGCUGCUAAUGCUAACCAGAGAAGUUGCGAGCUAGCUGGCCUAGCAAGCUAGUGAUUAAAGCGAAGAAAAAAAUAAUUAGACGCUUAUGUUUGGUUUUCUUAAUACUGUCCGGCGAGUAAACUCCGCGUUGUUUAGCUGAUGGAGCCAGCUAACCUUGGCUUCAGUAGUUCAGGAAGUGCAGCUUUGGCUAAGCUUUUGAAGUACCAGUCGUAGUAGUUAGUUACCUAGCUUACCCGUUAGCCACCACUAUCCCUGGAAGAAUGAGUAGAAAACACCAUCAUGUAAAAGGAGCUGAAGUCAGCUGCUGCGUGAAAUACUUCUUAUUUGGAUUCAACAUUAUAUUCUGGUUACUAGGAGCAGCAUUCUUGGGCAUAGGCUUGUGGGCAUGGGCGGAGAAGGGCGUGCUGUCAAAUCUGUCGUCCAUCACAGAUCUAGGGGGCUUUGACCCCGUGUGGCUCUUCAUCGUCGUCGGAGGGGUCAUGUUCAUCCUGGGCUUUGCCGGCUGUAUUGGAGCGCUCAGAGAGAACACCUUCCUUCUUAAAUUUUUUUCUGUGUUCCUGGGUUUGAUCUUCUUCUUGGAGCUCACUGCUGGGAUCCUUGCCUUCGUCUUUAAGGACUGGAUCAAAGACCAGCUCAACUUUUUCAUCAACAAUAACGUCAAGGCCUACCGCGAUGACAUCGACUUGCAGAAUCUCAUUGACUUUGCCCAGGAAUAUUGGUUGUGCUGUGGUGCUCACGGGCCCGACGACUGGAACCUGAACAUGUACUUCAACUGCACUGACCUGAACCCCAGCAGGGAGCGCUGUGGUGUCCCCUUUUCCUGUUGCAUCAAAGACCCUGCAGAGGAUGUCAUCAACACGCAGUGUGGUUAUGAUGUUCGGCUUCAAGGGGAGCUGGAUCGGCAGAAGUAUAUCUAUACCAAGGGCUGUGUGGCGCAGUUUGAGAGGUGGCUUCAGGACAACCUGAUAAUUGUGGCUGGGAUCUUUGUUGGUAUUGCACUUUUACAGAUUUUUGGUAUCUGCCUUGCUCAAAACCUGGUCAGUGACGUCAAAGCGGUCAAAGCCAACUGGUGACAGGAGAGGUGACGUGAGGGAGCCCUGCCCUCUCAGGCCCCACACCGGAUCAACGCAGCACACAGAACAGUCCCAGUCCAGCUGAGGACCAAGAGCCGUGAGCAUUCAAACUCUGUCCACUCUGCCACUGAGCUAAGCAGCACGUACACACUCUCACACUUUCAGACGAGCAGACACCAAGCGUAUACAUCCCUGUUUAUCAGUGACAGUUGAAGGGGGAGGGAGGGGAAAAUAUCCUGCGAAAACCAAACAGUCAACUCUUUGUUUACCACUCAGCUGGGAUUUUAACCCAAAUAUACUGAAGAGGACGCUGCCUACUUCAGAGUUAGAUUCUGUCUUUUUUUCCAAUUUCCUUUUGAUUGUGUUCUUUGGACAAGUGUAUUUAUGGGGCGCAGUUGCACAAGGACUCCUGUCAGCUGGGAGAUUGGAGGCCAUGGAUGAACAUAUGAGACAACAACAACAGCAAAAAAAAAAAAAAACAAAGGAAAAGGGACUAUAGGUCUGAUUUUUUUAGGUCAAGCAUUACUUUGUCACAGAGUCUCUGUCCCCCUCAGCGAGGGGUUGAAUAUCUCCUCUGAAAACAACAUGUCUUUAACACGCUUAUCCACACUUCCUGCUGUAGGGGACGGUGGGUGUGUGGCCGGCUGGCCAACAAACACAUGGAUUCUUCUGCGUGUCACUUUUCUCCAUCGUGACCACUGUAAAGACUGAACACAGGCUGGUCAUGUCUACAACUUCAGACCAUUUCAGGAGAUUUAAUUCAAAAUGUUAAAAAAAAAAAAAAAAGUGCCAUUAAUUUCCAGUGAUAUUUUUGUCUCCUUCCUGUUCUUUACAUGGAAAUUUCUGCAACCCGCCCCACGAUACCUCAGGGCCCGGCCGAAAAUAUAUGCUUUCUGCCACCAGUUAAAAGCAUAUCCGUUGUUUUUUUUUUCCAUCCACGUCUUUUGAACUUAGACUAACUCAAUGCAGAAGAACACUGACAGUUCCUUGAAAAUUGUUCUGUUUGCCCUGCAGUAAUUGUAUUAUCUGUUGAUUUACUGAAGGAUAUUGGAUUGUAUUAUACAGAAUUGCCUGAUGUGGUUAGGAUAGUAGGUCUAUGCUAAAUAGGGAAAAAGGUUUAUUGAUAGAGUUUGUUGUUUAUCUCUGAGCAUCCCUCAGGCACAUGGGAUUGCUGGUUUGGGGCCUUUUUACUUGACUUGUGUUACCGCAUUUGUCUUACGCUUAUAUUUUGUCCUCAGCAUUAUAAAAUGUCUUUGCCUGUUCUUAAAGAUGUCCUUUAUUCAUCCUUUAUUUCCUGUCCUUUCAUUGACACAGAUUUAUAUCCUGGGUUCAUUGUUUGACUUCAACAGGCACCUGUUUUACCUCUGACCCAUCAGUCAACUGCGAAAUAUCUUCUUAUUGUUGAUGUUGUUAGCAGUCCUAAUGGAGACCAAAUGAUAUCAGCUGGCCACAAGCUCACAGCCAAGGUUUUAUCUGGCUACAGUUCAGAUUUGAUUAGAAAUGCCAACAAUAACAAACAGCAUUUCUAGGUGGCCAAAAUGUGAAUUUAUUGUUCCUUUAUGUGGGAAGUGCCAGUUGAAAGGAGAAAUCAAACAGAAAUUAAAAAUGUUACAGUAUCGCUUUUAUCUUUAAUUCAAUGUUGUGUCCUUUGUUCUUUUUUUUAAAAACAGAAUAGUAAAUACAUGCUGUUACCUUUUGCUAUUAGCAACCGUCUCAAUAUAACAUGAAUGCUGCUUUAACUUUGACUUAGAUUAUUGAUAUGUAGUGCAGUAAGCAAGCUAACAAGUCUCACAUGAUGGCAUUUGAACAAUCUGCCAUGUUGUUAUUGUUUCCCGACUGAGGAAAUAUUCUCAUUGUUUGUUCUUUCUCGAGUUUACACUUUGUACUCAGCUUAUGUUGCCCUCUGUUGUUCAUUAUAAAAAAAAAACAAAAAAAAAAGAAGCUCGCAUUACAAGUUGCCCUCAAAGAUGUUCAUCUUGCCCACGAUCCUCACAGAAUGUAGUUAUAACUGGGUUCACUUGAUAACUUUCUACGUUUUCUCAGCAUUUAAUCAUUGCACUUGUGUCUGGUUGUUGCAGUGUCAUUCACAUACAUAGCACGGGGCAGGAUUUGGGUGGGAUUUACUCAGACAUACACAGAUCAGAUCCAUACACACAGACACACACCAAAAAAAAAAAAAAAAAAAAAACAUGCUUUGAAUUACAACACGCACAAGUUGGAAGAUGAGUAGCGUUAAUAUUCUGUGAACAGUGCACCGAAACGUUUCCCGCUUCACUGAGUCUGUUUCCAGAAUUUUAUAUAUAUAUAUAUAUAUAUAUAUAUAUAUAUAUAUAAGAGCUCAUUGAGUAACAGCACCUUAUGAUCGCCUGCUGUGUGUACAUUACAUGUCUCAUGUUGCUUUCAGCCACAUACUCCCUCUUCAAAAAACGACCUGAUCUGACUGCACCUGUUUCAGAGUCUGUCAUUUUGAUAAAGUUUUAAACACGUUCAGUCUGAGACAGCAGGUUUUUCUUUUUCUUACUCCUUCAGGAUCACAUUUAUAAAUAUUUACAGGAUAGAAAACUCACUCAGAGUUGCAAUGUUUGCCUGAUCUGCUGUGAUUUCUUUUUUUGUUCUCUCACAUCCUGUUAUUCUAAGCUGUGUGUGGUCUUCUUUGAUUUCUCUAACUGUUGUCAAUCAGUCUGUUCCACUCCGCCCUAGAUGAUCAGGAUGAAGCCAGUGAAACAUGGGUUGAAACGGAUGAUUUGUGAUUAAUUCAUUCAACAAAUCUUUGAAGUGUUGUCAUCUUUGUUUUUUUAAAUCACCCUUAAUUGGAAGUGUUUGCUCAGGGUCUUCCCCUUAUUAGAAAAAAAAAAACAAAACCUCUGUUUAUGCAUGCAGGGAGAAUCUAUAAUGUAAGUGAUUAAAAUUUUUGAGUGAU